UUCGCGUUCACCAACGAAGACGACGGCGGCUACGCGCGUUCCGUUCCCAAGACGCAACUAUUGUAUCUUCUUCCCCCCACACGCAUACGGCAACCUACCUACCUACCUACCGAACACCCAAACCCACUUCCAGAUCCUACCCCUGAGGCAGCAGAGGUCGUGCUAAUUUCCGUGCAAAAACAGCCAACCGAAUUGGUUUUUAUCCAUCGCAAAAGAGAAGUAUUGCCGAAGCAUUGUUUGUUCGACGGGAAACACCUGCUGAAUCCCCAUAAAACCGAAACAUUGAAUAAGUGUGUGAUUCCCGAGCGGGUGUAGGCGUACUUUGCUCGCAGUUGUUGAUUUGUGCAGGGGAGGUGAAUUUCCUCAACAGGAAAGGUGUUCCGCUUGAAAAUCUCCUGGCUGGAUGCUUUCGUAGAUGGUAAAAGAAGUGUGAUACCGUAGUGGUCUGCUGGAGUGCGUAGGAGAUUGCUUAAUAUCGCCUCCUCCGGCCCAAGUAAAGUUUGUGGAAAAAAGGAUUCGGACCGAGCUUCCUGUUCACCAGCGAGUAAACGUCGUUCGGAGAAGGUUAACCUGAUGACCAUCAUCUCAGUGGUUUCCUAGCAGAAGUAGUGUUGUUUACGUGUUUUGUCUAGCUCUAGAGUGGAAGUUUAAUGUUUGAAAGUGUAUUUUCAAAGGAGAGAUAACUAUUUUUGUAAGCUAUCGUUUUUUUGGCAAAAAGGAUUAGAUCGUUGUUGCGAUUCUACAUUUCAAUACUGUGGAAACAAAUGCAGGGAUUUUGAGCUAUACGACGUAGUCAUUGACCCUGAAAACUCCCUCCGUGCGAAAGGUUUGACCUUGGAGACCCCAGAUAGCUGGAAAAGUGACAUGAAUAUCUGUUGUUGUUCGAGAAAUUAUUACAACAGGAGCUGGCUUCCGGUAAUUUCGUGUAGUUAACUCAUCUGUUACUCGUUAUCCGUUUCGCUCGAUUCUAGCGACAUCAGUGUUAGAAUUUUCGUGAACGAGCUGUUAGAAGCUUUUGGUAUUCCAUCAACCCUAAAUCAAGUGCACCUAAACUGAGUGUAUUGUGCGUCCGUGUGCGGCCAAUUAAGUUCAACCAAUCAACCGACAAAAGCAGAGAACCAUGAGUGGUGUCGGCUUUCUGGCCACGAUGAAAACAUUCGCCCCGAGCAUUCGGCGGCGGCGUCGGGUCGAUAAGCAGAACCUCGAAUUACAUAACAACAACAACGGCGGAACAGGUGCCGAUAGUGGUGGUGGCGGCGGCGUUAGCAGCCAUCGUAGCAGCAGCGCGGCCACUACACCGACCUCGGGUCCCACGGCUGGAGACCACCGCGGAGGCAUUGCAGCCGGCAUCGAGGGGGUGGGCGAGGUCAUCUCGCCGAGCAGCUGGGACAUUGUGCCCCCGAUUACGCCGCCGGCUGCUUUCCUGCCGCCCGGCUACAAGCGGCUCUCGAUGAAGGCAUAAAACUACCCGCAUCAACCCAUCGACGGCGAGGACUUCUCCUGUACGGGCGGUGGUCGGUCCGGGCAGACCUAACCUUGGAAGUUUUUCUUUUUUAUCGGUUAUUCUUUG